CUUUUGACCAAGCAACAAGCUUUAUUAGAGCGAUUGUUGUCAUUUCUGAGAGAAGGUGGUUACCUGUUGACGCGUGAGAAAUGCGACGUAACAGACUAUGAGAAAUAUUUGCAGCAAUACGAAUUAAGUGUUAUUCUUGAAAAGAGGACUGAUAAAGAAACGAUUCUGCUUCUAAAGAAAAAAAUGUUGAUAAGAAAAAGAAUUAUUAUCCAUAUAAGUAAUGAUAACUUUAAUUGGCUGGAGGAUCUAAAGUGGCUUGUAAGCGAUGAGAGAAAACUUGAUAAGACUAGCAGAACUAUAAUUGUUG